AAAUCGUUACAUGUGAAUUUAUCGCGAAGUGUUCCGAAUGCUUUUACUGUUUGUUCUAUAUUUUACUCGUGCUUCUUAAGUAAUUAAUGAUUUAGAUGGCAUCUAAUACUCACAACCGUAAAAAUCAAGCUCAAGGAGAUGGCGAAAUGAAUCAUUUAGAAGCUGUAGAGCAAAGAUUGAAGGAGGCCGGUUGUCUUGAACUUCAUUAUUCUGUUCUUGAUUGUAUGGCUGAAAAAAAGGAUUGGAGACAGUGCCAAGGUCAAGUUACAGAUUUCAAAAACUGUUACACAUCAUUUAAACAAAAGGAAAAAUCCAGAAAUAAAUAACAGGUUGUUCUGGAAAAAAUAUCAUUGACUUGUGUAAAAGAUUCAGUUAACUUUAAUAAGGAACAAUAAAACAGAUACAAUUUCAAACAAACUAAUCACAGUUCUGAUUUUUUAAUACCUUUAUUAAAUU